GUUUGAAAAUCACAGUUCGGCACACUACGACUAUAUCUCAGGACAAAACAUAAAAUUUUACAGAGAAAAUUUCGCGAUUAUGUCCGGUCAGGAGUCCGAUUCGGGGAGCAGUUGUCAGUAUAGUGAUGACUCCGACAUAAACUUUAUUCCGGGUUAUGUAAUGGAGGAUGCACAGGCCGAGAAGGACUGUGAUUCUGGCGAAGACGAAGGUUGGUCAGGCUUCGCAUAUGCCGAAGAACCUUUAGCUGACGAAGCCUGGUUAGAAACGUACCACAGAGAAGAACAGCAAAGGCUAGAGGCCGAGGAACAGUUUACGAAAACGCUAAAUUGUUCGGUGGAAAUAAGCGAAUGGUAAGUAAAAUCUGAAUUUAAUUUCACUGAGUAUAAAUUUUCCUAUUCCGUAUAAAAGCCAAUUUGUGUGUUGUGAUCAUGUGUAGCAUAGUUUUUAAUAUAUGUACAGGUGCAAAUGUGGAAAUUGUGGAGUAGAGCUCCUUGCUAAUAUACAUGAAUGCUACUGCUGCUGUGAGCUGGAAGUCUGUGAUGAAGCACUGAAAAACAAUGAAGUUCUCGAAGACCUGAAGGCCGAAGGGAAAGACAUCGAAUUAAUAAAAUGCAUCACACAACACCCAGGUUUUGAUUCUGUCUGCUUACAAAAAUGGAGUUUAAAAUUAGCUGCGGACAAGUACAAAACCAAGUCCAAAUCAAGAUACAGUCAGGUCAAAACGCAGAACAGGUAAGGUGAAAAAAAAAAUUUCAAGGACUGGAUAUUUUCUAUUUUCUAAUGUUACACACAGUGAUUUGUCAUUUGUGCAGCUGUAGCUAUAAAAUUGCCCUGACUAGACAAAUUGCUUUGUGGAAAAUAUGACAAGAUGGGCUCGGAAGAAAAGAAAAAUAAUAUUGAAAAAAAUAAAUAAAAUUGUUUUGAAUCGGUGGAAAAGCAAGGUUGCCGAUCAUCUUGAAAUAUAUCUGACAAUUGUCUCAAAAACACGCUUACUGAACAUAUACUGUAAACAACAUAUCUUACUGAUAAGCCAGAUCCUGUUUUGAUAUUAAAUUAACCCAUUGAGUGGUAUUGUGCCCUGUUUUAUUAUUUUAGUUUGUCUAACGCCAGAUGAUUUUACUUUACAAGGGGAGAGCACUGGUGCUUAAUGGGUUAAUUGUGGUCUUCUAUAUUUAGAUUCCUGCGCAGUAUCUCAUAUAGAGAAUUUGUCAGGCUGGUUUAUGGCUUUCUUGGCAACAGGAGGGUACCACUGCCAUCAUGUGCCUACACUGCUAUUAGGAAAGCAUUUCCAACUGGUAAGGAUGAAGCUAUCACCGGAUAUGCUGAAGAAUCUGACUGAUUUAUUGACUAAAUGUAUGAAAGUUUCAAUAAAAAUUUGUUCAUAAAAAGUUGUGCACCCUCGUUAUACUGUGUCACAAAGUACACAACAUAGGGUUAUAGGUGUCAAUGGGGACGAGAGUACUGUUCCUUUCCCCUGUCACGAAUUGUCUAACUUGUC